ACAAGAUGAAUGUGGGUGUUGCACACAGCGAGGUGAACCCAAAUACUAGGGUUAUGAAUAGCCGUGGAAUGUGGUUAACGUAUGCCCUGGGAGUUGGAAUGCUACACAUAGUGCUGCUAAGCAUUCCUUUCUUUAGUGUCCCUGUUGCAUGGACUUUGACCAAUGUCAUUCACAAUCUGGGAAUGUAUGUGUUUUUACAUGCAGUGAAGGGCACGCCAUUUGAAACCCCAGACCAGGGUAAAGCCAGACUUCUUACACAUUGGGAACAACUAGAUUAUGGAGUACAGUUCACGUCAUCAAGAAAAUUCUUUACAAUCUCUCCAAUUAUUCUGUACUUCCUGACCAGCUUCUAUACAAAGUAUGAUCCAACACAUUUUUUCAUCAACACUGCUUCACUUCUCAGCGUCCUUAUCCCCAAGUUACCUCAGUUGCAUGGAGUACGAAUUUUUGGCAUCAACAAAUACUAAACAGGAAUCCUUCAGACCCUGAAUUACUUCAAGCGCACAUACUAUUGGCUCUGGCUCUUUCUGUUCGGAUGCAAUGGAUGGCCGACUAAGCCGUUUUAACGAUUUCUACAGUAAAAAUCGAAUUGCUCCUUCGUAUAAGCUGUUGGAAACCACAUAGACUUGGAGGGGAAGGAGCUUCCCUCCGAAGAGAGCACUAGAUGCGAUUCAGAGGUUUCCUCUGUAAGCUGGGCGGGCCCAGCUAUGACCCGAGGUUUGCAAAUCAUACACAAGACUUGUGAAAUAAAGGAGUGGUCAAAUCUACUCUGUGAAAAGAACAUUCUCAAUUACAUCAAAAUAUGUCCUUUUAUCAUUAUUUUAUCAUGUGUAGCAAUCCCAUUUGUGACAUGCAACAGCAUUCACUAGCUGACAUAAUGUUGUGCUGCAUGCUGCGUUAAUAUGCACUAGUCGUUUUGGUUCCUUUUUUGUUGCUGUAUUUUUUUGUGUGUAUCCACAAUACUUUCUAAUUUGCCUGCAAAGCUGUUUGUGAUCACUGUAUAUUCAGUAGUCAUCUGGUAACAUAUAUCAAGUCAGCGCUGUACGCUUUUCAGAAUUACCGGGAGUUGUUUAAUUUAGGAGUUUUGCUUGAGUUUUUCCUUCUUUAUAACUCUCCUUACCAGACAUUGAAUAGCUCUGAGCAGUGGCACAAUCUUUGUAGCGUCUAGUUGAAAGAAGAAUGUAGAUUUAACCAUGGUAUUAUUUUAGUUUUAUAACUGUAGUACUGGCUUAGAAGCAGUUGUAUUAGAAGCCAGCAAUCUUUUGAAAGCAGGCUGGAUCUGUAGAUGGUACGAAAAAAGAAAUAUGUUGCAUUUUGAAGCAGUUUGUGUUAGAUUAGUGACAUGGACAAGUAUGAUCAUUUAUAAAACCUCCUCAGUUUCUCACUCCGAAGUCCUGAAGUUGUCUCUGAGUCCUGAACUCUCCCUUUAUUUCCCCUACAGAAUCUCAUGGCCUGAAGGUUUGUUUAGAGACCUUUUGUUAUUGUGCCCUUUGUGCUGCUGCAGAUGUUCCCAAUGCCAUAAGAGUUGAGCAACUGCAUGGAAAAUCAGGUUGGAUUGUACUGAGUGAAUGAGGGAGGGGGCAUAGUGUUACACGUACAAAGAUUUUAGGCUCACAGCACAUCUUUCCAGUUCCCAUGGGUCCAUGCAAUUGUGGCCUCAGUGACACAUGUUCCCUUGUUA